UCCCUCCUUCGCUACUGAUUCAGAUCGAUGUGUCGGAGCUUGUACCUGAGGACUGAACCUUACCUGUGGAUCCUGUCCAGGCAGCAGCACCAUGGGGAUCUCCGCGUCCAGUCUGCUGGAUGAGACCACAUCCAACUACAUCAAAGGCCAGGCCGAGACCACGCUGAAGGAGUUCAGUCCGUACUACAGGAAGCAGUUCUCUGUGGCCCGUUUCUCUCAGGUUGAAGAUGACCUGGAGCAGCGGAAGGAGAAGAUCACGCAGCUCCUCAAACAGAAGGGGGCUAAUGAGGAGGGUGAGGUGCUGUACGAGGAGGUGGUUCUUUUCUUUGACGAAACCAGGAAGUGGAAGGAGAGGUACGUGGUGGUGAGAGCCAACUACUGUCUGGAGUGUCACGACGGCCUGGAGACUUUUGUAAAAGGGUUGCCUCCACGCCAGAAGCUGCUGCCUACAGGGGGCAGUGCCCUGACCACAGAGGAAAAGUACAUGGCCAUGGUGGACAAGUGCUUCCCUGAUGACACAAAUGUGCAUGAGGACUUUGGUCCUCCUCUGUCUGGGAUGCCGGGACAGUUUCCCGUCUACCUGCGUCUUCCCUACAGGAGAGACUCCUACUUCUGCUUCAAACAGCAGGCCAAACAGGACACCUUCCUCUCCAUCCUGUCGGACUGCAUCAGGCACCAGAACCAAGACUUCCUGAAGAAGAAGACGUGUGAAGUGCAGGCCUUCCUCAAAGCCAUCCAGCUCUACAGACAGGAAAAAGACAGAUACGAGUCCUGGGACAUGCUGAUAGGAAGUGACGUCAGGGUGAUGGCCAAUGUGGUGAUGGAGCAGCUGCUGCCGUCUCUGGAGAAAGACAUGCUGCCUCGCCUCAAGGCCAAGAAGACGGAGAAGAAGAGAGUGUGGUUUGCUACGGUGGAGGCAGCCUACAUCCUGAUCCAGGAGCAUCUGUUGGAGGGACUUUCUGCACUGAAGGAGGAAUGUCGAACAUCGCUCCGACAGCAGGAGGUUCUCAUCCACUCCGACAUGGACCAGAUCCUCGAGUCCAGGCGGCAGCUGGAGGAAAAAGUCAGAGCCAAAGUAUCGGAGCCAGCAGAGAAGCUGUGCUGUGAGUCAGUUCAGCCGUACUUGGGCUCCGUGCUGGAGGAGCUGAUGGAGCCCGUCAGCUCGGGUUUCCAGGAGGGACGGCAGCUGAGUGAAAACAUGAUGGACAAGCUGUGCCAGGACGUCAUGAUGAUGGUGGACAAUGAGCUAGUGAAGGAGGCUCUUGCUAAAAUGGUGAGACCGAACCUGCUGAGCUGCUACCAGAAAAUCGGCUCCCUGCAGGAGAAAUUGCAGCACCUGCAAGAGAGGUUUGGCUUCUCCAACAUCAAGGGAGUGAUCCACAGUGCUCAGAUCGACCUGCAGCAGCUGAUGGAGAAUGCAGCCCACACGUUUGGGCAGCUGCUCAACAAAGCGGUCCAGGACAACCCUGACAACCCCGGCUCUGCCAUCGACAAGGCCAAACACAGAGUGCUCAAGCAAUAUGACCAUGACAGCAGCACCGUGAGGAAGAGGAUCUCCAGGGAGGCUCUUGUCUCCAUCACUCUGCCCUUCAUCAAGAAGAACCUGGCCCCCACCUGCAAAACUGAGCUUCAGAGUCUCGAGCAGACCAUCGACGGAGACCACUCCAACUACAUCCAUGUCGAGAACGUUUACGAGAACAUCCUCCUGCAAACACUGGACAAAGAGGUCACUAAAGUGGUGAAAGAGGCAGCAAGCCUGAAGAAGUACAACCUGUUCACAGACAGCAGAGACCUCCUCAGUCAGUCCAGCCGCUCCAGCCUCUCCUCCCCCUCCGCCUCCACUCCCAACAGCCCCGCCAUGAUGCUUGCCUCCCCCUCCAGAACCUUCUCUGAGCCCCCAACCCCCUCUCCUCUUGCAGUCAACGAACUGUCCUGCAGCCCCAAGAAGGAAGUGAAGCUGGAGAACGGUGUGCUGCCAAGCGAAGCCUCGGCGGAUGUGACAGUCAUUGAGACUCCUCUGGGGAAGGUCGAACAGAAAGAUGCAGCUCCGACUGUCAGUGAGGAGACAACACUGGCCAAAGCAGAACAAGUCGUCCAAGUUGUGAAGGGAGAAGCAGGCCUCGCUGUUGCCCUGGAGACUCCAGAUGUAACAGAUAUAGCCAAAGAGAGUGAGACCGAGGAAGUGAAUGUAGAAGCAGCACCUGAGACAGUGAUCCAAGAGGAUGUGUUUGCUGUAGAAACAGAAGCAGUGGGGUUGGCUGCUGAGCCUCAGAUGCAGACCACAGAAGCUCCAAGAGAGACAAAAAUCACUUUGUGCGAAGUCCCCACUGUUGUAGAAAGUAUAAAGACAGAAGUAGAAGCAGCAUCAGCACCUACAGAAGCUCCUGAACCAAGUCCUGAUUCUUCUACUGAACCAGAACAUGUUCCUGAAGCAGGUGAGGAUUCUUCUGUUGAACUACAAAACGCUCCUGUACCAAGUUCAGAAACAACUAUUGAACCAGAAAAAGUUCCUUUACCAAGUCCUGAUCUUACCAUUGAACCUGAAAACACCUCAGCAGAAGAAUCUGGUUGCCAAGUGUUUGCCAGCAGUGAAGAAGAGUCACACUGUGUAGGCUCAGAAAUGAAGUUAGAGGCUCCCUCUAGUGGUGAAAUGCAUGCAAUCACACCUGAAGAGGUCAGCCUGGACCUGAAGAGACAGGAAGCAGAGUCAGUUACCGUCUCUAACCCUAAUUCCCUGAACGUGUCAGUGGGAAGUGAGUCUAUCCCGUCCGAUGUGGAGUCUAUGGAGGAAGGGAAGACAACACAGAGCAGUGGAGACGAAGUCUCAACGACUUCUGAUGUCUUGGAUGAGGCCAACAUGAGUACUUCACCCAUGAGCUCAGACGAGCAGCCUGAGGACAAUAUAGCAGUCGAUGAUCCAUGUCUUCAGGAGCAGACAGAAGCCGUCAGUGAGGACGUUGAGGCAGGUACGAACGUGGAGUCGCUGGUGGAGGCAGAACAAUCUACAACCUCUCAGCCUCCUGAGCCCACAGAAGACAAAACGUCCUCCAGCCCUGAAGCACGACCCAUUGACUGCGUCCAGGAGAUCCGUGACCUGGUGAUGGAGGUGAUUGAAGUGGAUGAGCUGGUGAAGCGUUACCCAAGUGGAGUUCCAACAGAGGAGGAAUGAAGCAUCACAACUGGAUCACUGUGCUUCAGCAAGACGAGAGACAAAAUAAUUAGGAGUCUUCUGCUGUGAACCAAAUGAUUUUCAAAAUGAUUACCAUACGGUAGCCUCAAACAGACCUGGAGUCAAAAUGUUUGUUCGCAGAGCAGAACAAAGGAAAAUACUCCUGAAAAACCUUCAGAAAUGCUUCCAUGAACUUAAAAAAAACAAAACCCAUAUGCAUGAAAUUAUGGUCAAUUAUUUAUACAACUCAUUUACACAAAUCAAUAUAAUCCGCUGUUUCAGGUGUAAUACAAUCAUCAGGGUUUCUGUCCCUCAGAGACUUGAGACUUAACACUACAACUAUUUUAGAAAACUUAGAUUUAGAAUUAUUUUAUCAAGAUUGUGAAGAAUUUAUGGAACUGUCAUUAUGCUGUGGUAGAUUCAGAAUUUACUUUGAAAGUAUAUAAGAAUGUUUUACAAUGUCAGAGUUAGGAUAUGAAGAUGGAUAGCACUCUCAUAUCUAUAUAUGCUGGAGUCAGGGCAUGGUUAGCCUAGCUUAGCAUAAAGACUGAAAGCACAAGGAAAUAAUUUGCCGGGCUUUAACCAAUAAUUACAUCGAGCAAAGCUUCAGAGCUUACCCAUUAACAUGUUUUACAUUUCUUUAAUUUCAAGACCAACAGAAAUGUAAAACAAAUGGUGUUUUGAAUGAAACACUUCCCCAGAGUUUUGAUGCUAUUUAGGUCAAACGUCAUGACUCUAGCUAUGCAAGACACAAGAUUGUUUACUGUCUGAACAGCUCACUUUGGGGGGAAAUGUUGAAUUAUUUCUCUAAACAGACUACAAGAGAACCGUCACACUAUUUGUGCUAAAUCAUUGAGCUAAAUACCAUUCCCAAAAUGAUUUGAGAGCUGUAGUUGUGGCACAUUGUUUUUUCUUAAAUGUGCUUUAUUUUGGACCUACUGAAAGAAGCUGAAGAAAAGUAGCAUAUCCAAGUGCCUUUACAUUACCUCUGUGUUGCCGUCACAUGCCUUACGUCACAUGAAGGAAAGCAGCUUCUGUCAUGUGGAUGUAGAGAGAGUUUGAACACCUGUGCCUUUUAACCUGUGCAGAGCAUCUUACACAGACUGUUUAGUAGGACCGUUUACAGUGAGUGUAAACCAUAUGACCUUUUACUGUAAAUCAGAUGAAUGUUGAUUAAUGAAAAAUGUGUGUGGAAAUAUAAAUAAUAAAAAGAGUCUAUAAAACAAA